AUGUCUGGGAUCACUGGGAAUCUGGAUUGCGAGGAGUGUGUACCUUCGGGACAUGUGGCCAACAGUACGGAGUUACAUCCGCACUUCACUGUGGAUGAGGACGACGAACUUCUGAGAUACAUCUGGAGGGAGUACUUACACCCCAAGCAGUAUGAAUGGGUUCUCAUCGUGGCUUACAUUAUUGUGUUCUUCGUCUCACUCAUUGGAAACUCGCUGGUUUGUUUUGCAGUUUGGAAAAACCGCCACAUGCGCACUGUGACCAACUACUUCAUAGUGAAUCUCUCCUUCGCCGAUGUCCUGGUCACCAUCAUCUGCCUGCCUGCGAGUCUCGUGGUAGACAUCACAGAGACGUGGUUCUUUGGAAAGACUCUUUGCAAAAUUGUGCCUUAUCUGCAGACCAUCUCCGUUUCUGUAUCAGUCCUAACACUGAGCUGCAUCGCCCAGGACCGUUGGUAUGCUAUCUGCCACCCCCUGAUGUUUAAGAGCACAGCCAAGAGGGCCCGCAAGAGUAUUGUUAUCAUCUGGGUUGUGUCGUGCAUCAUCAUGAUCCCUCAGGCCAUUGUGAUGGAGUGCAGCAGCCUGCUGCCUGAGCUCACAAACAAGACCAGCCUGUUCACAGUGUGCGAUGAACACUGGGGAGCUGAGAUUUACCCAAAGGUGUACCACACUUGCUUCUUCAUCGUCACAUACUUUGCACCAUUAUGUCUCAUGGUCCUGGCGUAUAUCCAGAUAUGUCACAAGCUGUGGUGUCAACAGAUUCCUGGAAACACAUCAGUGUUGCAGAGGAAGUGGAGGUCCAUGCAGUGCUCAGCUCCAGCUGCGGGGUCAGGAGAGCCCAUGAGGGUCAGGACCAGUACGGUGUGUGCUGAGAUCAAACAGAUGCGAGCCAGGCGCAAGACAGCUCGCAUGCUGAUGGUGGUCCUCUUUGUUUUCGCCCUGUGUUACCUGCCGAUCAGCGUGCUCAAUGUCAUGAAAAGAGUCUUUGGGACGUUCAAGAAGACAAAUGACAGAGAGACAGUGUAUGCAUGGUUCACAUUCUCACAUUGGCUCAUAUAUGCCAACAGUGCAGCAAAUCCCAUCAUCUACAAUUUCCUCAGCGGGAAGUUUCGUGGGGAGUUCAAAGCAGCCUUCUCUUGCCAUUGUUGUGGCCAAGGGGAGAAUCAAACACAAAGAACGAGGCCCAGAGCGAGCACAGACAGCCGAAAGUCCCUGUCAACUCAAGUCAACAACAUGGACAAUGUGUCGCGCAUAUCAGAUCAGAUAGAGUAAUCUUAAAAUCCAAGUGGGGAGUUCUUUGACACACUCAUCAUCAAGUUUGACAUUGAAAUGUUCAAACCUCUGUUCCAGAUGUUGGAACGGAGAAGAAGGUCUCGAAGUUAUUGUUUUAUGAUUGGUUUUAUGAGGACACGAGACACGAGAGAGCUGACCACUGAAGACCUUCUGACCUCGUUUACUAAUCAUGGACAUAGACGGACACGGCAAUCACCUG